AUGGGAUCAGUCGCUCUCGAUCAGCCGCGGUCGGAUCACCUCGAAAGCUCCCACACCAUGCUGGGAGGCACCGUCACGCCCUCGGAAUCCGCGUAUCGACCGUCGUCUCGACACGCCGCCCUGGACUCCGGUCGCUCGAGGUCCGCGUCGACCAGCACCACCCCCACUUCGACCGCGGCCCCGCCGUCGACGUCCGCUGCGGGCUCUGCUCGCCUCCCCUCCUCCCACCAUCCGCACGAUGUGCCGUCCUACCUGAGUCGUCCAUCUCACCCGACCUCCCUGCCUUCGACUCGGGCCUCCUCUGCCACGCCGGGCUCGACUGACGCUCAGCCCUCCUCGCAUAUGCCUCCUUCCGCCACCCAUGCGCCGCCCCAUGUCCACGGGCCCGCCCCGACGGCCGCCCCCGCGUCGCACCCGGACUCUCACUCCUCGCCCUCCUCCCCCCUGCUGAGGCCGACCUUCCAGUCUCUGCGCUCCCUCGGCGGCUCCGAGGCCAACUCGCCGAGCCGCAUCAAAGUGCGGGAUCUGUCCCACAUCCAGAGCUUCGCCAGCGAGGAGUUCCUCGCCCAAUCACAACGGGACCAGGCUCCCGGCCAGUGGACUCAGGAGCGCCAGUACGAGAUUAGUUCCAUGCCGGUCACGGACAUCAUCGAGAUGGUUGCUGGGCUCCUGACCAAGAUCACCACCACCAACGACAUGCACCACGAGCAGGUCCAUCGCCAUAUCCCCCCGCCCGACGGCACGGCCAAUCUCAGCCCGCAAGCCACCAGUGUGCUUGCCUUCCACGGCAAGAACGUCCCGAGCAUUAGCAUCCUCAGCUAUCUGACUCGCAUUCACAAGUACUGUCCGACGACCUACGAGGUCUUUCUCAGUCUCCUAGUAUACUUCGAUCGCAUGACCGAGAUGGUCAACCAGGGUCAAUUGGAACGCCUGCAGCGUCGCUGGGAUCCCGUCCAACCCGACUCCGCCACGACGAGGCCCGCAUCGUCGGAGGGCCUUGCCGGCCAAGCGCCGGACGCCUCGCCCAUGGUCACUCCGCCGUCUUCGACCGGCAUGAGGGCCCAAGACCCCACGUCUCCGUCGUCUAUAUCCCCGUCCUUACGUCCCCAGGAGGAUUAUGAUCACCUGUCGCAUUUCUUCGUUGUCGAUAGUUUUAACAUUCAUCGGCUGGUCAUCGCGGGCGUGACCUGUGCCAGUAAAUUCUUCUCUGACGUUUUCUAUACUAAUUCCCGAUAUGCAAAGGUCGGAGGGCUUCCGUUGGUUGAACUCAACCACCUUGAGCUGCAAUUCUUGUUGCUGAACGAUUUCCGUUUGUCGAUUCCUGUGGAAGAACUGGAGGCUUACGGAACGAUGCUUGUCGAGUUUUAUGCUCGAGAGAUCGUCACGCAACAGCAGCAACAGAGCCAACCGCCGCCCUCUCAGACCGGCGGCUCUACGGCGCCUUAUCCGCAGUCAGAUGAGAUGUAUAUGCGUACUCACGAGAAACAUCGUCCCGACCCAUCGGAAGUUCGCCAAACCCCUACUCCGCCUUAG